UGAAUGCUGUCGUGUAUGCCGAUUAAUCAAGGUUUUUUUAUUCUAUUAUUUGUGUUUAAUGACGAGAGCGGUUAAUUGACCAUGAAAACGAAUCGUUCGUGAUUAAAACGACCCCUCUUUCACAAAUCACAGCAAUCUGUAAAUUAUCCGCUAAACUGAUCAUGAUAUUUAAACACAAGUAAACUAUACUGAUAAAGUAAAUUUGCAAGACACGCAAUGUCGGGACAUAAUUCACAAGAAGACGCAGAAGCUGACAGGAUUCUAAUGGUGAAAAAAAUUCUGAGUGCUGCUUUUUAUGCGUUGGCAUCGUUUAUGAUAACGGUAGUGAAUAAAACAGUAUUAACAUCGUAUGCAUUUCCUUCCUACCAAGUGUUAGGCUUAGGACAAAUGUUAGCAACGAUUUUAGUACUAUGGUGCAGUCGAUCUAUGAAAAUGGUACAAUUUCCAUCAUUAGAUAGUAGUGUCGCGCGCCGGAUUUGGCCACUACCGCUGAUAUACAUGGGUAAUAUGGCUACAGGACUAGGAGGCACAAAAGAACUUAGCCUUCCUAUGUUUACAGCUCUAAGAAGAUUCAGCAUACUUAUGACGAUGAUUCUUGAAAGAUUUGUACUUGGAAUUAAAGCAUCUUGGCCUGUACAGGCUAGUGUAUUUGCCAUGGUUGGAGGUGCAUUGCUUGCUGCUGCUGAUGAUGUAACAUUCUCCUGGACUGGUUACACCCUUGUGCUAUUAAAUGAUGGAUUUACAGCUGCUAAUGGUGUUUACAUGAAAAAAAAAUUAGAUUCAAAAGAGCUUGGCAAGUAUGGACUUAUGUAUUAUAAUGCUCUGUUCAUGAUAGUGCCAGCCACAGCAAUCGCUUGGUGUACUGGUGAUCUGGAAAGCUCUGCAGCUUAUCCUCAUUGGUCGGAUAUGCUGUUCUUAGCUCAAUUCUUAAUGUCUUGUGUUAUGGGGUUUGUUUUGUCUUACAGUGUUAUGAUGUGUACACAAUACAAUAGUGCCUUAACAACAACAAUUAUAGGUUGUUUAAAAAAUAUAUUAGUUACAUAUUUAGGAAUGAUAAUAGGUGGAGAUUAUGUAUACUCAUGGCUCAACUUUGUUGGAUUAAAUAUAAGUGUAUUAGCCAGUUUAGGCUAUACAUAUGUUACAUUCAAGCGUAAACCAGUUCCAUAUAUGCUGCUGAAUGAUGCUAAUAGCAAAGUUGAUACCGUAUAGCAGUGUGUUAAAAGACGAUCAACCCAAUAUUCUACCUGUAUAGUGUAGUUAGGGGUUGCUGCCAAAGAUGAUUUAUAUUGCCUAGUAUUGUCAUGAUACUUAAACAAAUGAAUGAGCUCAAUACAAAUAAUGAGCAUAUUAUAUAAAUAGCUGGCAUAGUUUGUAAAAUCUACAUAUUGAGAAAUAUGUUAGCAAACAUAACAUGAGUUAGGUGUGUAUAUAUGUACAUGCACAUAAUAGUUUACAUAACAUAAUAAAAUUAUGUUAUUACACAGUGAUAUUGAAUUUCUAUACUAUGUGCAGGGCCAGAUUAUGCAUUAGGCAGUGUAGAUAACUGCCAAGGGUCCCAAAGGCAGACCAAGAAUUGAUAAACAAUGUUUUAAAAUUCAUUGUUCAUGAAAUUAUUGAAGAUGAAUAUUUCUUCUCUUUGUAUAGGGUGAUGUCAUAACUGCGUUAUUUAGUAAAGAACAUGUUGAUCAUGAAUAAAACUGCAUUGUUUGCCUGGGGGCCCUAACAUAAUUAAUCCAGUCCUGAUUAUGUGUUUCUUAUAAAUUAACAUCAUAAUAUAGUUUAUAAUUUUUUAUGAUAAGAGACACAUAGAUAAUAAAAUUGAGCAAGAACAAGUGUUCUACAUUUUUAUAAUGUUUUUAAUGAUGUAUGUAAUAUCAGGAAGUUUAUAUAGCAGUAUAAGAUAAAAUAGAAACUUUGUAUUUGCAAUUGAUCACUUUUUAAAACAUGAAAAUAACAAAAUAAUGUGUUGUAUAAAGAUUUUAAUUGGGACAAAAAGUUAAUAUUUUUACCGCAAUAAGUAUGAAUACAUUUUUACAGAUUUAUAAAAGUUGAAUAUAUUUUAAUUUUAUUUUCAACAAUUAUUUAAUUUAAUUGUUUAAAAUAUAUGUAAGAGAUGUGGAAAAAACCUUCUCCUUCGAAUUUGUCAAAUGAUUUUCUUUUUUUUUUUUGUUGUGUAUACCGACGAGCUUUGUCCUAUCAUCAAAAAAAAAAUGGAAAUAAGAGUAUGCCUAUAAAAUUAUGAUUAAUAUAUUUGUCCGAUUUCAUUGUAGUUGAAUUACGACCCAUAAGUAAAAACUAGUUAUUAUCAUAAUAAUAAUGAACAUACAUUUUUUACCUACCUAAUGUUGUAUAUAAGAAAUAAUUUUAUCUGUGGGUUAUAGAUGCAUCAAUUUUUUUACACAAUAAUUUAUAAAUUUCAUUGAAAGAAUUAUCAGAAUAUUAUUAACAAUGCUUGUGCAAAUCUCAGAAUAACAUGUCUGAAUUCAACUGCCUACAAAAUUUAAAAAACAAUUUAAUGUUUUAUGUCAAUGUUUGAAAUUAGUAAAUGGGCUGUGAAUAACAUGACAUUUGGCUAAAAUGUGUCAGACAAAAACAUUGUUAAUGUGUGAGAUGAUAAAUUUUGAACACCAAUAAUAAAGAUCAGAGUGUAUAAAUCUUAUAUCAUUUUGAACUGUAAACUAAACAAAUAUACAUCUAAUGAAAGCAUAUGUAAACUUGAUAUAUAAAUUAAGUACAUAUAUUUAAUCAAUUAGUUAUGUGUCUAUUACUUACUUGCAGAUGUAACUAGUGUUACAUUUUAGUAAAUAUAAUUAAUAACGGACUUUUUAUGUCAGUUAAGGAAUAAGUAGUAUGAAGCUAGUAGUAAUCUAUUUAUAUAACAUUAAAAAGUCUCAAUAUAAUAUUUUACAUACAAUACGAUUAAUGAUAAAACUAGUAUAUUUUUCAUAGAUUUAAAUAUACAAUUUUAAUUGUUUUAAACAACAUUCAUAUUGUUGUGUAUUGCAUUAAAAUUUUUCGUAAUGUUCAGAAAAAUUACAUUCACACUACUAUGAAGACUGAAUUGGUAGUGUCCUCCAACUAAUCGAACAAAAUACAACAUAAUCGAAAAUAUUUGUAUUACUUAUUGGAAGCAAAUGUAUUGAUCCAUCAGCCUUUAAAUGCUGGGCUUAAUUGGCGCUGCGUCCUUGGUCCUGUAUCGUCUUAGGAUCAUGAUUCCAGUUUGUCCCUGUCAAGGAGCAAACUGCUUCAUUUUCCAAUUCAUAUUCUCCAUUCCUGACGUUUUUACCUUUCUAUUCUUUCGUUCGACAUGGCCAGCUUUUUACCACAAUCUGCGAGUUAAGGUACCUUCGUUCGUUCAUAUACAAAUUUCAUAAUUAGCAAUUCGGAGACAUAACAAAAUAUCAAGUAUUAUUUUUUUUCCAUCGCCAUCUUGAGCUUCCGAAUGUGGUUAUACGCGUCACAGGUCCGUAUACAAUAAUUUCUUUCCUGAAGGCCAGGCCGAGUUGAAUUCUUAAAUCGAGAUACGUUAAUGUUCUCGCUGUCAAUUUUGAUAGAAGCUCCUUAACCUCCUUACCAACGGUUUCAACCAAUGUCUGGUGCUACAGCUUUCAUCCAUCCUUUGUAAGCAACUACUCACGUCUUCCAGUCUGGAAAAAAAUUCAUCCAGUUAAAAAUUUAUUGGUAUUAACCAUUUAUAUUAAUUUCGUUCUUUCUACUCCAUUGUCUUGUAUAUUGCAAAUAUAACAGAAGGCAACACUGCAAUCGAAGCCUUUCUAAUGGUUUAAAUAGACAGUAUAUUUUUUUUUUUUGUUAAAUAUUAUAUAAUUUCCUAACAAAUUUUUAUGAAAAACAAAGAUCUCCUGUUCUUUUAAAACACAUAUGUAAAAAAAGGAUAGCAAUAUUUUCAGUCCUGUGUUUUGUUGUUUUACAAUAUCUAAACGUAGUAGACGUUUAAAGAUUUUUUUAAAUACAUUUGGCAUCUAUCUCAAUUAACUAUUGAUGUAAUAGCAAUUUCCUGAAUAGCAGAGACUUAGGUUUAUUAAUAUAACUAAAAACUCGUCGGUGUUUAUUGAGUCAUCGGCUGCCUUCGACCAAUGACCAUUCGUAUUAAAGUCAAAUCAGUCAAACUGACUAUGAUUAUAGUUUAAGAAAUUGAAGGAUAAUCAUUGUUUUAUAGCAAUUAUUUGCAUCUAAAUUCGGACAUUCGAAAAUGAAUAUUUUUUUUUUAAUCAUAAAUAUUUGUUUCGUGUAUCUAAUUUACACUCAUUCUUAGUCAUUUUGAUAUUCGAUAAUUAUAGUUACUUAAAAACGGUAAAGAUUAAAUUAGAUUGCUUGACUAUUUUUUUAUACUUCAUGUGUUCAUAAACCAACAAUAUCCAUACUAUAUUGCAGAAAUAUUACUUGAGAUGACUAGGGUUAAACAGUAAAUAUACAUUUAUUUGUUAUAUCGGAUAUUAUUGCAAUAAUAUUGAAGUCUUUAUUAUAAAAAUUGUUAUAGCAACUAAGUGGUGAAAUAUUGUUAAGUAUGUAAUAAUAAUAAUCAUUCAUUUUUUUAUUAUUAUGUAAAGCGUUAUCACCAUAUGUUAAAAGAAUAUAUUAUUAUAAUAAUUGAUUAUAAUAAUAUAUAUUUUUAAUAUAACAACAACGAAAUUUUUAGACAUACAAAUAAGUACAUAAAAUAUAUUAAACGUAAAAUCAAUAAACUAGUAAUGUACCGAUAAGAUAGUAGCAUGUUAUAUCUUUUUCCUAAUAAUUUAUCACGUUGUUUAAUUGUCCCGAUAUACAUUUAAACAUUGUUAAAUAUAACAGAGCUCUAUAUUAUCUAUGUAUGUAUGUAUAGUGCCAAUAAAGGAGAAUACUUAUUCCGACGAACAUACUACGUUAUCAAUAUUAUUGUUAUUAAUAUUAAAUGCUUAAAAUCCUACAAUCUCACUUGCAUAUAUUACGGUCUCCUUUAUUGUGUCUAUUUAUAUUGAACAUUGAACAAAUAUUAAUAUUGUAUUAAUAAUAUUAUUUAAAGAAGCACUAACUAAUUUUCUCAAUAUUUUCAGUAUUAGAUAUAACCUUCAGAGCAUUUCAAUUUGUUGAAUUUAUUUACUCCAAUAGACGUAUUGAUAAGUUUAAAGAAUUGGCCUUUUAUAUAGUCACCAUUACGAAAUCUCGUUUAAUAAGAUGUUUUAAAGCAUUUUCCUACACUGCAACCUUCCUAAUCGACGUUUUACACAACAUUACUAUUUAUUUCUUAAAAUGUAUAAAUUCGAAUUAAGUAUAAGUAGUAGGUACUUUAAAUAUGUAUUCAAUAUGAUACGCACAAAAAUUAUAAUCGUAUGGUGUUGCCUUUGUAUCAUACUUUUGACAGAAAUUAAUGAAGAAAAUCACUUGAAAGUUAUACCUCAUAUUUAGCGCAGGUAUGAUCAUAAAGCCAGUAUUUUCUGUAAGCACUUUACAUCGUGUUAAAAUGUGCCUUUUAUUAAAAGUCUCAUUGACCACUCUACAAAAUUAUAAAAGCUGAAGUUGUCACUGUAUAAAAAUAAUUUAAAAUAAUAAGCAUAGAUCAUAGACUAAUAAAAAUGUCAAAUUUCAAGGUAUAUCCACAAUUAAGAAAAACGUUUCAGUUUUCAAAUUAGUUAGCUAGCACCACAUUUGGCUCACCCUAAGGUCAUUAUUAUGUGAUCAAAAUAUAAGGCUGUGUGUAUUAACUAUAAUAUAAUAAGUUAAUAUAAAAUAAUGAAAUGAUCUUUAAAUGUUUUUGUUCGUCACGGCUAUUAUUUGAUUUAAUAGUGCCGGUAGUAUAAUUGUACCUACGUAGAAAAAUUGUACGACCACAUGAGAUAACAACUUGUUCGAGAAUACUACGCCUGCGCGGUUUCAAAUAUAUAUACCUACAAAUAAUAUCUUAACGCUAAAAUAUCGUGCUGUAAGCCAUAACGCCGCCACUUCCAACAUAUCAACAUUUUUUGUCUUUUUUUGCUAUUCAUAAGUGCGGCGUACGUGGAUAGCAUUACUAAACAGAUAGGUACAGGUAGUAUAAAGUCGUCUAGAUACUUGUAAUUCAUGCAGCUACCACAGAGAAAACCUUUUUCAGUUCAUAAAGAAUAUGUAACUGUAGCGUAACGAAAAAUAACGUAGUAAAUUUUAAAAACAUUUUUGAUUUUUACAUUUAAAAGAGAAUUUAUGCUUAAUUUUUUUAGUAAAGUAUAAGUAAAAAAGGAAGGUUUUAUAUGGAAAAAAUUCUAAACUAGCUUAAUAUUAUAAUGUAUAAAACUGACAUCAGAUACCUGAAUAACAGCGUUAUAUUUGUCAGGUAUAAACUUUCUUCGAUCAUUUCGAAAAGCAAUAUUUUUUCAAAUUAACUUAGUUUUUAAUUAGAUUUUUCUAUAUUUUACCGUAGUAAAAUGUUUGACUUAAAAUUGCUAGGUUCCUUUAUAACUUAAGUAUUUAACUGACAAAAAAAACCAAUGUGUUUAUAAUUUUAUAUUAAACGAUAAAAAAUUACUUUUAAAUUAUGUAUUAGCAAAUAGCAAAUAUUUUUCAGC